AGUAGCAGCAAAAUUUGCGGAAUUGAGCUGCUUUGAAAAUUUCUUCGAAUUUUCUUUGAUUUUCGCCCAUUUUCUUCGCAUCAAUUGCUGAAAUCGCGCCCAAAAGACGCAAAAAAGAUGGAAAAUAUAAUUAAAAACUUGCUGGUAGCUGACAGUGAGGUUAUUUCCAAGGCAACAGCUGAGCUGCAAGAAGCCUUCAAGCGCCCGGAGACAGUUCCGCUGCUUUGUGACCUCGUCGUUUCCAAUCCAGACGUUCAAGUGCGUCAAUAUGCGGCGACUUUACUCCGAAAACGUCUCGGCAAACUAAAAAAUUGGCAAUUGGUUGCCGCGGAACAUCAAGCAAUCAUCCGCAAUGGAAUGUUGCGUGCCAUCAGUACAGAAACGGAGCGUCCCGCACGAAAUGCCAUCACCGCGUUCGUUGGCGUGCUCGUGCGACACGAAUUUGGCAAAAAUCACGAAUGGGAGCAACAAGUUUUGUCCUUUGUCUUUGACAGUAUCGCCUCAAAUGACCCAGCGACGAGCGAAUUAGGCGCCCAAACCUUCGCCACACUCACGGAUAAUGCUCCGGAUCAAUUUGUGCCGCACUUGCAGGCAGUUUUUCAGAUGUAUUCGGCCGUUUUGACAGCUACAGCUGCCAGCGGGAACAUGACAAGCAACACAGUUUACCAUAUUUUGGUCGGCGUGGGGCAUUUGAUCCCCUUUUCCUUCGGGGAACUCAACAGUUUGGCCGAAAGAACGUUCACCGACUCAAUUCCAUACGUUCUCCAAGCCUUAAAUGGCUUCGCCGCCAAAGACGGGGAACAAUUCAUCAACGCUUUCGACAUUUUAGAGAACUUGGCGGAGGAAAAUGUCAAAGUAGUGGGCGCCCAUUUGCAACACAUCGUCGAAUUUUGUCUCGCGGUCGUCGCCAAUGCCGAAUUAGAGGAUAGUGUUCGUGUCAAAACCGUCACUUACCUUGGUUGGUUGAUCCGUUUGCGGAAAAAACAGAUUAUAAAGUUGAAAUUGGUCGAUAGGAUCAUUCAUACGUUGUUUGAACUCAUGUCGAGUCCCGUGGAAGAUGACGACGAAGAGGAAGAAUAUUUCGGAUCGAAUGAAGUUUCGACGCCCAUGACCUGUGCAACUCAAACGAUGGAUGUUUUAGCCUUGAAUGUCCCUCCGAAGCAGUUAAUCCCGAGUCUUUUAGCUUUACUCGAGCCGGCGUUGAAGGGCGACAACCCUUUACACAAAAAAGCUUCGUAUUUAUGCAUCGCCGUCAUCGCUGAAGGUUGUUCCGAAGCGAUUUGCUCGAAAUAUUUGCGCCCCCUAUUGGACUGCAUCAAAGUUGGCAUCGUCGACCAAACGACAAUCGUUCGCAAUGCCGCUUUAUUCGCUUUGGGGCAAUUUUCGGAGCAUCUCCAGCCAGAAAUCUCCCAAUAUGCGUCGGAAAUCCUCCCGAUUCUCUUCCGUUUCUUGCAAGAAUUGUGUUUAAUCAUUGCCAAUAACGGCGAGGAGCCUGCCCAUCUCGAUCGGGUAUUCUAUGCACUCGAAACGUACUGCGAAAAUUUAGAAGACGCUCUAAUUCCGUACUUGCCAGAGCUCAUGGAGCGUCUAAUUGAAGCUUUAAACCCGAAAAACUCCGUACAUUUGCGAGAAUUAGCGCUGAGUGCUGUCACAUGCACCACAAAUGCCGCAAAAUCGAAUAUGGUGCCGUACUUUCAGAAGUUAAUCGAGUUGUUGAAACCCUAUUUGGUCGUUACCGAAGAUCCUGACAUCGAAACUUUACGUCCUCAUGCAAUAGAUACAUUGGCGGCACUCGCAAGACAAAUUGGAAAAGAAAAUUUUAUGGUAAUUGCGAAUGAUACGAUGAACAUUGGCUUUACGCUGCUGCAAGGAGUUGAGGAACCAGAGACUCGGAGGGCUUGUUACAACCUUUUUGCGUCGAUUUCCGCUACGGUGAACGAAAUGAUGGCACAAGUCCCGUUAGACAAGAUCGUCGGAAUGAUGAUUGAAAGCGUAAAAAGCACCGAAGGCAUCAUUCCGACGUUCAAAGAGGACGACGAAGCCUUGGAUGUGGUUGAUACGGAGCCUGAGCCGCAAGACGAGAACCAAGAAAUCGAUAUUGAGCAAUCGGACGACGAGGAGGACGAUGAUGAUGACAUCGCGGGAUAUUCCGUGGAGAAUGCCUACAUGGACGAGAAGGAAGAAGCGAUUUUAGCGCUUUGCGAAUUAGCUGAACAUACAGGUACCGCCUUCGCUCCUUACCUGGCAACGAGUUUUGAGGAGAUUUACAAGUGCAUCAAUUUCCCAAAUGAAGACAUUCGACGAGUUUCGGUCGAAGCCUUGAAGCAAUUUGUCAUUUCUCUCUUCAAAUUGGGCGAUAUCGAGGGUUCGCAACGUGCUUUGUUGAUCCUCAUCCCGAAAUUAAGUGAACUCAUCCGUACCGAUGAAGAAAGGCUCGUUGUUAUUGCGGCCUUGGAUGCGUUUAAUGAGAUCCUGAGAAAUCUCAAAGGCGCGGGAAUCACAGCUGAUGGUCAAAAAGAGGCGAUUUUCGGAUGUAUUACGGAUGUUUUGAACGGAAAAGUCGCCUGUCAAUACGAGGAACAAGAAGCAGGUCAAAAUGAAGACGCGGAGGAAUCGGAAUAUGAUGAAGCCAUUAUCGAACAAGCGGGAGAUAUUUUGCCACGAUUUGGGUUGGCGCUGAAUCCGGCGGAAUUUUCACAUUAUUUCAGUCAAAUAUUUCCCUUUUUCAUUCAUAAAAUUGAAAAAACGAAGCAUAAGGAUGAAACGACAGAUUCGCAACGCGCAUUUGCCAUUGGAGUGCUUUCGGAGUGUUUUGAAGCGUUGAAGGAUCAGUCGUCGCAGUGGUUUGACACGUUGCUGCCCAUUUUCUUGUCGUGCGUUAAUGAUCGGAACGAUGAGGUGCGUAAUAACACGAUUUUUGGACUUGGAGAGAUGGUUUUGUAUGCAGGAGAAAUUGCUCACAAGUAUUUCCCACAAAUUUUGGCGGCAUUGUCGCAAGGUGUGUCGAAUGAGUCGCACGCUGGAACGUUAGAUAAUAUUUGUGGAGCAUUAGCGAGACUUAUUUUGGCGAAUAGUUCCUUGGUACCAUUGAAUGACGUCUUACCAAGUUUCAUCCAAUACCUUCCGCUACGUGAAGAUUUCGAUGAAAAUCAAGCCAUUUUCAAAGCUUUUGCAUUAGUCUACCAACAAGGAAAUGACGCCCUGUUGCCUCUCAUGGAUAAAAUUUCGGUUAUUGGUUUAACGGCGCUCGCUAAAAAGCAAUAUAGCGAAGAUGAAACUCGCGACAUCAUCACAUCAUUCUUGCGUCAAGUUGCUCAAGAUUUUCCCGCCAAAUUCCAAGAAGCGGCCAAUAGCGAUCCAGAAUUGCUUGCAUUUGUUCAACAAAAUUUUAACUAAAACUCUUCCUUAAAAAUAAUAUUUUUUUUUUGCAUGAAAAAAUUUUCUAAAUAUUUUUGUAUUCACAAGAGAUAAAAAAAAUAAUGUUGCUUUUUAUGUUUGAAGCUGAAUUAUAUCUAACGAAAAAAUUGUACUUUUUAUGAUGAAAGUAAAAAAAAAAGAAAAAUUUAUUGUAAAAUGUUUAUCAAGAACUUUAAUAAAGAAAAGUUACAGAAA